AUGAAAAAUAUAAAAUGUCAUUUAUUGAAUUCCGGUCAAAGAUCAUGCCGUACAUCAAACGCUUCAACAUUGGUACUGUGUUUCAGAGCAUUGCUGAACAUUUCGAAUCAGGGAUUUUUAGUUUUCCUGCAUAUCGAUGAAUUUCAAAUGAUUGAUAAAUUGGAGAAAAAAGAUAUGACAGCUUUUAAAGACAUGAUCAAUGGACCUGCAACAUUUAUGACGAAUAGACUAGAAGCAUUUGUUCAAACAUUCCUUUCGGGAACAGCUUCACAAGUUGUCAUUUCAACCAUGGAGCCAUCUAGAGUUUCAUUUCAUUUUGUUGAAUGUCCAUUAUUAUCAAUGACAUCUAUGAUUAAGAUUUUGCAAAGUCAUGUAAUGUAG